AUGAACUCCAUCCACCAUCAACUCCAUCAACCAUCAACUCCCACAACCAUCAACUCCAUCAACCAUCAACUCCCACAACCAUCAACUCCAUCAACCAUCAACUCCAUCAACUCCCACAACCAUCAACUCCAUCAACCAUCAACUCCCACAACCAUCAACUCCAUCAACCAUCAACUCCCACAACCAUCAACUCCCACAACCAUCAACUCCCACAACCAUCAACUCCAUCAACCAUCAACUCCCACAACCAUCAACUCCCACAACCAUCAACUCCCACAACCAUCAACUCCAUCAACUCCCACAACCAUCAACUCCAUCAACCAUCAACUCCCACAACCAUCAACUCCAUCAACCAUCAACUCCCACAACCAUCAACUCCAUCAACUCCCACAACCAUCAACUCCAUCAACCAUCAACUCCCACAACCAUCAACUCCAUCAACCAUCAACUCCCACAACCAUCAACUCCCACAACCAUCAACUCCAUCAACCAUCAACUCCCACAACCAUCAACUCCAUCAACCAUCAACUCCCACAACCAUCAACUCCAUCAACCAUCAACUCCCACAACCAUCAACUCCCACAACCAUCAACUCCAUCAACCAUAAACUCCCACAACCAUCAACUCCAUCAACCAUCAACUCCAUCAACCAUCAACUCCCACAACCAUCAACUCCCACAACCAUCAACUCCAUCAACCAUCAACUCCCACAACCAUCAACUCCAUCAACUCCCACAACCAUCAACUCCAUCAACCAUCAACUCCCACAACCAUCAACUCCAUCAACCAUCAACUCCCACAACCAUCAACUCCCACAACCAUCAACUCCAUCAACCAUCAACUCCCACAACCAUCAACUCCCACAACCAUCAACUCCAUCAACCAUCAACUCCCACAACCAUCAACUCCAUCAACCAUCAACUCCCACAACCAUCAACUCCAUCAACCAUCAACUCCCACAACCAUCAACUCCCACAACCAUCAACUCCAUCAACCAUCAACUCCAUCAACCAUCAACUCCAUCAACCAUCAACUCCCACAACCUUUUCUUCCUCCUUCUUCCUCUUCAUCCCUAACCCUUCCAACAUCUAUGCAGCCACUCAUAAUGGCUUCAGCCAUUACUUAGCUCAAGCUGAAAAGCAGUGGGUGAAGCUGGCCACGCUAAGAAUGUGGCCCAUGUUCAGAAACCAUGAACUGUACGGUCUCGAUUGGAAAUGA